GAGAGAGAGAGAGAGAGAGAGAGAGAGAGAGAGAGAGAGAGAGAGAGAGAGAGAGAGAGAGAGAGAGAGAGUUGGACCCCUGCGCUCCGCUCCAUCGAUCUGCAGAGGCGCACGGAGGAGCUUCUACCGGACGUUGGAUACAAUUUCGGAGCCUUUUUUUUUUUUUUUUUUUAAGGGGGAAUAGGCCUACUAAAAGUGGAUUCACUGUUUGGAACAUGCAAUUGGGAAAUUUGGUAGUGGUUGCGUUCUGUCUGUGGGGUACUGAUGUCAGCAGAGCUUAUGUUUUCCAAGCCAGUAGACCCGGAGAGGGAGGAGACAACCCACCACCUCACACUAAAGUCGUCUCAGAGUGGGUCAGCUCAGCGGGCUCCUGCAAGGGCCGGUGCUUUGAGCUGGAGGAGGCCAAACCUCCGGGAUGCAGAUGUGACAAUCUGUGUAAAACCUACUACAGCUGCUGCUUUGAUUUCGACGAUCACUGUCUGAAAACAGCGGGAGGUUUUGAGUGCACGCAGGAUCGCUGUGGGGAGGAGAGGAAUGACAGCCACGCCUGCCACUGCUCGGCGGACUGCCUGGAGAGAGGAGACUGCUGCUCCAACUAUAUGUCACUCUGCAAGGGUGAGACUUCAUGGGUGCACGGAGGCUGCGAGGAGAUCAAGAGCCCCGAAUGUCCCGCAGGCUUCAUCCGUCCUCCCCUCAUCAUGCUGUCUGUCGACGGGUUCAGAGCCUCCUACCUGAAGAAAGGCAACUCUGUCACCCCCAACAUACAUAAACUCAGCGAGUGUGGCACGUCGGCACCCUACAUGCGUCCAGUCUACCCAUCAAAGACCUUCCCAAAUUUAUACACUCUAGCCACGGGUCUGUACCCAGAGUCUCAUGGGAUUGUGGGGAACACAAUGCACGACCCAGUGUUCAACGCCACCUUCAGCCUGCGCACCAGAGAGAAACUGAACCACCGCUGGUGGGGCGGGCAGCCUAUCUGGAUCACAGCAGAGAAACAAGGAGUGAAAGCAGCUAGUUUCUUCUGGCCUUGGGUGAUUCCUCUGGAGAGGAGGAUUUUGACCAUCCUGCGCUGGCUGCAUCUGCCUGAUGAUGAAAGGCCUUAUGUUUAUGCCGUCCACUCGGAGCAGCCCGAUACCUUCGGGCACCGACUGGGACCACUCAGCAGUGAGCUGGAUAACCCUCUGAGGGAGAUCGAUAACAUCAUUGGUCAGUUGAUGAACGGUCUGAAGCAGAUGAACCUGCAUCGCUGCGUCAAUGUCAUCAUCGUAGGAGACCACGGUAUGGAGGAAGCCCACUGUGAUCGCACAGAGUUUCUCAGCAGCUACCCGCUCAACAUAGAAGAGAUCGCGCUGAUCCCUGGCUCGCUGGGCAGAAUACGACCCCGGGAACCCAAAUCCCCCACAUAUGACCCCAAAGUUGUGGUUGCAAACCUCACUUGUAAAAUGCCGUCUCAGCACUUCAAGCCUUACCUGAAGCAGCAUUUACCCAAGAGGCUUCACUACGCCAACAACCGCAGGAUCGAGGACGUCCACCUGCUGAUGGAGAGGAAGUGGCACAUCGCCAGGAAAAUGCCAGAAAAACUGAGGACUCGGUGUGGUUUCAAUGGUGACCACGGCUUUGACAACAAGAUAACCAGCAUGAGGACUAUUUUUAUGGGUCAUGGACCGAGCUUCAAGUUCCAGACAAGAGUGCCAGAGUUUGAAAAUAUAGAAUUAUACAACGUCAUGUGCGACUUGUUGGGGUUGAAGCCGGCUCCUAACAACGGGACAUACGGCAGCUUGAACAACAUGCUGCAACACCCUCCGUACCAACCCAGCAUGCCAGAGGAAGUGACCCCGCCGACCCCGCCGUCCAACUCCGACGCUGUGACCCACGACCUGGGCUGCAGCUGUGACGACGAGAACAAAGUGGAGGAGGUCAUUGAAGCCUUCAGUCCUGCACCAGAUGGACUCUACAGUUACAACAGUACCCACCUCCCGUUUGGUCGUCCGGCCGUGAUGUUUGACACUCAGUACAGUUUGCUUCAUCACGUGGAGUUCAUCAGCGGCUACAGCAAAGAGCUGGCCAUGCCUCUGUGGACAGCAUACACACUGCCUCGACAGGAGGACAUGACUCCCGUUCCCGAGGUCUCGCCCCCCGGCGUUCAGUGUGUCCGAGUCGACCCCCGAGUGUCGGCCGAUCACAGUCAGAGCUGCACCGCCUACAGCCAGAACAACCAGCUCACCUACGGCUUCCUCUUCCAUCCAGAGCUGGCAUCGUCUCCUGAGUCCAGAUACGACGCUUCGCUCAUCACCAACAUCGUCCCCAUGUACCCGGCCUUCAAGAGAAUGUGGAAUUACCUGCAGGGGACGCUGCUGAGGCGUUACGCAGAGGAAAACAACGGUAUCAACGUCCUCUCCGGACCCAUCUUCGAUUACAACUACGACGGCCUCCGGGACACCACAGAGGAGAUAAAAGAGUUCUCGGCCGAAGCCCCACCCGUCCCCUCCCACUUCUAUACGGUGGUGACGAGCUGCCAGGAGCUGAACCAGACGGUGGAGGAGUGUGACGGGCCACUCAGGGUCUUUUCCUAUCUGCUUCCACACAGACCGGACAACAGUGAGGCCUGCAACGUGAGUUCAACCCGUCUCCAGCAGGGGGCAGCGCUGCCCCAGCUGUCACUGCAUCUGCAUUAAUCAGUUCAGAUCAGU